AUGCCUGCCUAUUCACUUCCUCCUCUGUCUCCGCCUUCUAUCCCCUACUCUCGGGCUGGGUCUCCCUCCCUACAACAGGAUUCGAGCGACGCUGUUGUCACCGGAGUUGAGUUAAUGAUCUCCGGACUCAAUCGGCUUUCUAUUCAGUCGGCGCACUCCCACUUUGGCGCUUUUGUAUCGCAAUACAAUAACGCCAACCCCAAUCAUCCCUUACCUCCUCUUCAGGUACAUGUAGGAGAUCUCCGUAACCCUGUUGACUACGUCUUUGUGGCCCUUCGUCCUGAUGUCAGUUCCGAGCCGCGUCCAGACGUUCUCGAACAGGUUCGCCGCAUUAUAGAUGGUCAGAACGGAAUUCGCGCAUGCUGGAGGACAGGGAGUGGCGCAGAUCGGACACGUCGGGUAAUGUUCGCUAUGGAUAGCGAGCAGCAUGCUCGCGCGCUCCAACCUCGCCUCGAGAAGUGGUUGAAAGAUCAAGAUAUAAUCUCCCAGCUCACUUUCAUCAGUAAGCCUGCAGGUGGAGCUCCCCGAGUCACCUUCGACAUUCUCGAUCCUCACCAUGUCACUCGCAUACUCGAAAAGCCCCCCGUCUUUGACAGGCGCACCUAUUAUGCGACUCAAUCCCGCUUUGUGCCCCCUGUAUAUGGACUGGAAGUGGCGGUUGCGGGCUGCAGCGAAUUCCAAGGUAUCGAAGGCCGUAUCAAUGCUUACAUCCGUCGCCGUUACGGUCUCGACGCCAUCGCCUUCAGCCGUAUGGUCCUUGACGGUGAAGUUUACACCGUCCUAUUCAAGGAUUGGCCCACUACAUCGCGUUUCCUCUCUGAUCCCUUCGAGUUCAUGUCUGACUCCUCCAUUCCGCGAUUCAUCAUGAUUUCUCAGCCGAUUCUGCUUUACCUUCUCAACAGCGCUGGAGUUCCUGCUAAUCCUGCUUUCCUACAAUGCUCCGUGCCCACUGCUACAGCCGACUCCCGCAAUCUGCAAGCACAGAUUGACAUCCUUCGCCAACAAGGGGUUGAGACCGUCCACACUUUCUCCGAAGUGCUAACUCAACAGCGCAGUGCGAUCGAACAGAUGCGUUCUAACAACAUGCACGUAAUGUCCUCUGUUUCGUCACUCGCGAAUUCGGUAUCCCUCUCCUCGCAACUCACCUCCUCCGAAAUCACCCUUGGCCAACUGCAAGACCGCCGCGAGCGACUGGAAGACAGUCUCCUGUUAGCACCUAACCCCGAACUGCGACACAAGAUUGAAACACGUCUCACCGAUCUUCACGACGAGAUUCAUGAUCAGCGACAUCGCGUGGAUGACGUGCGGCAAUCCCUCCAGGCACUGACGAUGAAUGCCCAUUCAAGCCUCCAACUCCCUGCUCCCCCCACUGACGCCCCUCCUCAUCCUUCGGCCUCGACCAUCACUCACCCCCGUCCAGAACCCGACCCUGACGACGAAGCUCGGUAUCAUGCUCGGCAGCGGACUGCUGAUCACACUCCCGAACAGGUGGAUAUGGAAACUGAACUUAUAAGCCUCGCCUGUCUCUCUCCUCCGUCUGCGGAGCCCCUAAAUAAGCCCUUGCCGUUCUGCCCUAGUGAACGACUUAUGCAGGUUUCUGGGGGUUCAUGCAUGCGGGAAUCGAGAGAGCGGAGGGGAUUUCUACUACUUCUUUGCAUACAUCCUGCUUCUCGACCUUUGUCAUCGUCGUCCCCUCAUCCUUCACCGCGGUCGCCAUUUUCAUUCUUCGCGCCUUCUUCCUUUUUACUUCUUCUCUUUCUACUUUCCCUAUUCCUCCCUACUGUGCACGCUACUCACACCUUUACUACCUAUGCCAUCAAUGCCAAUGGCCUAGCAAACGUCUCUAAGAUGGCUGCCAUUACUAAUGCGAUCUCUGUUCGACAGCCUCAUGCCUGGGUGAUCAAUGAGACCAAAUCUUCACAACCUCAAGCAUCUCGACUUCACACUCCCAGCUAUCGUACAUUCGAAGAACCCGGCAUCCCUGCAAAAGAUCAACGCCACGGCAAGUGGGGAGUCAUCGUCGGUGUCAAACGCUCUAUUCAUGUACAGCGAGUACCGACACCCAAUGAACUUCGCGGUCGUGCUGUAAUCCUUGAUAUCGUCAUUCCCACUUCCACCGGCUGUGGUUUCCCUUAUCGUCUUAUCGGUUUAUAUGCGCCUUGGGAUCCAGGAGAGGAUGAACAGCAACUAACUUUAUUCUGGUCCACUAUUACUAACGUGUGCCGUGAGGCCCGAUUCUCUUGGUGCAUUCUAGGAGAUUGUAAUGCAUCUCUGUCGGUCACAGAGACCUCAUCCGCCACUCCAUCUCUUUCCCCUUCCAGAUUACACUAUACUGCCUUCCUCCACAACACCCAUGCCCUUGACUUCUGGCUGCUCCGUGGUGACGCUGAUGUCCGCUCCAUGUACACUUUUAGGAACCACUUCGGACAGUCUAUUAUUGACCGUGUUGCUCACUCUCAGCAGGGCCUUCUUGCCGGUACUAUUGCCAUUGACGACAUCUUCAUCCCAGCCACGGAUCACCGUGCAAUCUUCGCUGACAUCACCCUUGCUCCUCCCGUCACCCUGCCUGCCUCCGUGGUGUUCCCUGAGUUAUCGACCUCACACUCCUAUCCUCCACGGUUCUAUUAUCCGCGCCGACAUGAGAAGCAUCGCUUUGAAUCAUUUGCAGCUUCCGUCGAUGCACUCACUGAAGCUGAACAUCUGGCUCAAUUCCCCGUCUCUGACGAUGUCUCAUUUCAGUUUCGUUAUGAUGCUCUCACACGCAUUUUACAUGCUGCCGCCACAGACUCAUUUGAACUACCUCACAUCUCUCCUCCUCCACACCCACUCCGUACCCCUUCCAUCGGCUUGAUUGUCACUGAGUUACGUCGAAUUAACCGUCUCAUCUUCGCAGAACGUCAUCAGACCGUCCCCUUGCUUUCCCUCCGUGCACCUUGGGUCAAUUCCUACAUCCAAGCCUUUCUCGACUCCCGCUCUCCACACUCUUUUCUCACCUUUCUUAUUCACACUCGGCGAGCCCUGAACAAGCUUCGCUAUCGGGAGGAACAUACUGAACGACAGCGACGUGCAACACGGACAGCGACUACCCAAAUGAACAGCGUCCUCCUUGGUGGAUCCUGCAAGCGCCUCUACCGAUCAUCACACGAUUUCACAGACCCCCCACUUGCAAUUGCCUCGGACGAUCUCCCGGACGCCUACAUUACUGCACCCGAGGACAUUAAGGCUCACACAUGUGCCUACUUUUCCUCUUUAUUCUCACGGCAGCAACGGCCACCAAUGGACAAGCCUUGGCUCAACACUCCAUCUGUGUUAGAGAUCUGA